AUGAACAAUUAUGGUACAAUCACGUGAAAUCAUGUACCAGUUGUCAAUAUUUGUUAUUCAUCUAUCCUCGUCCUUCUUAAAUUUACUAGCUACAUGGUACAGUGGGAGUCGAUUAUGAGCCUGUAAACAUUUUUUGCAAUGGAUGCAUGGUGAAUAAAUUAAAUAAGCUCUUCUUUGUAUGCUUGGGGGUUGAUCCACACUACCGCUUAGAAACUACAGCUUGGAGUUUCAGUUAAUGUUCGCACUUUAAAUUCCAUCCACAGACUGAAAAUCAACAUAUACAGUACCAAAACAGCACCACAGGAUGGCUAGAUUGAUAGCUUUACCCUUUCUUAUUUGAAUGGUGAAGCUAUAGGAAUUCACAAGCCAACAGACUCAAGAGUUAGAGCCACCUUGUACAACUCUAUUAACGGUUUCACCGGAGUAUUAAUCGCUAAUGAGCCUUUCAGUCUGAGGCAUCAAAACGAAAGCUAAAUAAUACCCCAGCUUCUGUUAGCUCUACCCCUUCUAAUUAUUAUGAUAAUUGUGGGAGAUAAUUGAUCUACAAGUACCAUUGUUAUAAAUUAUUGAACAAAAUUGCUCUUGAUCAGGACGCACAGAACUCGCUGUGCUCGGUCCGUACGACCUGAACUCGAAGCAAGUAUAGUUUCCCGUCGGGCCCGACCUAACUCAGUCAAUGAGUACGUAUUCUUAAUCAUUUCAUAAUUAAGGUGGAGGAUGGACACUCGUUGCAAGCAUCAGUUCUUCCAGAAAUGAUCAUCUUUUAAGAGCAGAAGUCAACUGCUACAAUUCAACACGUUGCGUUGAGUUCACCAACACUUCAGUUCCAUGCAGGAAAUUAUCGGAUCAUGACAUCCACGAGAUUGCUACACACGAAGGUAAAUUAAGCUAAAGGCCAAAACUGUAAUAGCACAAACAAGUGCAAAUUAAAAUUCUUCUUGAAUUGGAUUAUCGGUUAUUACUAACUUUAAGAUGUAUGCUUGCAAAACGUGUAAAAAUUUUUUCCUUUGGCUUAACCUGUCUCACAAUAAGAGUACCUUUAAGUUUUGCAAUUAAAAGAUAACGAUUUUCUUUGUUGAAUGUAAUAAUUCUUUCUGGAGAAAUUACGUAGAUAUAAAAUCAUACUCUCAGUCACUGUCCCUUUUAGCUGCCAGAAUAAAAAGAUUUUAUUAAUACCACAUAGGCCCAGUGUUACGUUUAGUCCCUGCCAAACUUGCCGUGAUCAAUUGAUCAUCCUCUUCUACGUUACAUGUACUUCUACUUCUUCAUCAUUCUUCAUCAUUAUCAGUCGACUUCAGAACAGGGGGGACCACAGGCUCCCCGGCCCCACUGAUGUGGCUGCAGUCGUGGGCAAGCAAAACUAUUUGCCUUUGUUGCAGCAUCCCUUGUUAAACUUCUAGGAGGCGCCGCGCAAGCGGAAAAUACAGUGCAUGCGGUAAUCGUUUACAGUUUCCUCCUAAACUUCCAUUGCUCCGUUUUAGAUAAACAUAACGUUGCAAACAAGAAACACAAACAGAUUGAGAAACUAAAUAAGAAACAAAUCUUCCGAAGCCUCUGCCAAAUAAUCUUGUUAACAGUUAAAUUUUCUAUUUUACGUUAUUACCAGGCACCUUUCGGGUUGAUCAAGUCACAGAUGGAUUCACUGGAUUUUUUCAGGUAUAUGCAUAAAAAAAAAGAGUGCACCCCUCUGAUACUGACUGCUGUAAGAAGCCCUUCCUCUCUGUGGGAACUAUUGGAGUUUUCAUUUUUGGGGUUUCAAGCAAUUUCGAGAUCGAUAUUUUCGCUCUAGCUCUUAACGUUGGCAGUUUCUGGGAUGAAGUAAACUGAGCGGCUUCCAGUUUUUCUUUUUUCAUACUUUCAGUUUUUUGGGCGGGGGCGGAGGCGCUUUUUUCUGGGGGGAGUGGCAAAGAGUUCUGUUACUAAUACAUCACAGUACAUAUUAUUACAUUUGUGUUCGGUUCUGCUGGGUUGUCUUAAUUCAUCCCAAAAGGGUUCAAGGGUGUUUUAAAAUCACUUUUUAAGUUAUUUCAACACUAACCCCCUAUUGAUCGUUGCAGUUUUCAAUUCGGUUUUCAUAAUCGAUCACAAUUGCGGUUUCCUUCCUCCAUCUUUUGCUUUAUAUCGACCGUCACACUGUUCUGUCAUAAACACUCCUCACUUCCUGACCAACAACAGCCUCAGUCUCUUUAGUCUUUUCUAUGUUAGUAAACGUAUUUUAAUUUGUGCUAUCCGUUAUCUUUCAGUCAAAAUCCUAUUUCUUAGUUUCGAAAGCAUGCUUUAUGUAUCUCAACUUUUUUAUCUUGGGCGACGGAAUUUGUGGAACAUUUAAAGUCUAAAUUGUAAACAACAAUUGCCUUGAAAAUUACUUUGAUAAAAAGAUUUCACUUUGCAGAUUCCAGCUGGUGCGAGACAUUUCAAUUCUGAAUGCCAUACCAAUCGGUAAAAACCAUGAUAUCCUAAUUUCAAAUAUUUCCCCAAUCUCCACAUUUUUCUUCACAAUUACACAUCAAACACAAUGUACCCUUCCCCAGUGACAUUUUGAGCCUUUUGUUAAAUUCGACCAAAUGCUCCCUUUGGUUUUUGGUUGUGAACCAAAAAUAAACGAUUCCCCAGACCUUUUUCUUCACGCCAAAAAAAAAAAAAGAACAUAAGAAUCAACUAUUUUUAUUUCUUUCUUUAGUAUUUUCUCAUGAAACAUAAAUAAAAAGAAAGUAAGUAAGUUACAAUUUAGAGGAGUGGUUCUUCGUCUACCUGAUUUCUGGUCAAAAUGGAAUUUGGAAUUGAUAUGUUUUCAGAAGAGGGGAAAACCCGGAUUACUCGAAGAGAAAUCUCUGGGAGCAAACGGAAGACUUAACAACAUCUCAAUCCACAUACGGCGUCGGCGCGGGCCACAUUGAUAGAAGGUGUUUCCCCUACUGCGCCACCACUGCGCUACCCUUAAUCCCCUAUAGAAAAUGGCUUAAUAGUUUGCUCUGACAAGUAACUAUAUAGCCCUUUCCUUCAUAUAUAGCUGCCCUCGUAUCAUAACGUCUCACGUCUACCCAUACCAGUGGUAG